AUGUCUUCAUUUAGAGAGUUUAGAGAAUUGCUUGUACUUUCAUACGAUAGCAAAUUCAUCUCUGAUACGGAAUUUUGCUUCCUGUACGAAUAUUUUAUGUCGAAAAAUCCUGAUUUUUGCUACGAGACCUAUCCUGCUUUUUCCCUUGAUGAUGUAGAAGAGGCAGAAUGCAAGGCCGAGUUUCGUGUGUUAAAGCAGGAUUUACCUCGUCUUCGAGAGGCUCUCAGGAUACCAGCGAAUUUCAAAUUGGAACAGAGGAGUAUUUGCGACGGUAUGGAAGGCUUAUGCAUGCUUUUGAGACGCGUGUGUUACCCUUGCCGAUACAGCGACAUCAUACCUCGGUUUGGUGGCAGGCCAGUUUCAGUUAUCAGCCUUCUUACAAACCGUGUCAUCGAUUAUAUUUUUGAUACCCAUGGAUAUCUUAUCUCGGAGUGGAAUGAAACCAUUUUAAAUCCCGUUGCCAUGCAAAGUUACGCAGACGCCAUAGCAAGAAAAGGCGCCCCACUCGAUAAUUGUUUUGGUUUUGUGGACGGAACAGUCCGUCCAAUUUGCUGACCCGGAGAAAACCAACGAUUGGUAUACAAUGGGCAUAAAAGAGUUCAUGCACUGAAAUUCCAGUCAGUCGCCUUACCUAAUGGUUUAAUUGGACACCUCUUUGGACCAACUGGUAAGUUUACUUUUCCCUUGCCUUGAACUAUUUUAAUUCAAGCCACAUAUUUGUAAACACUUUAUUAAUCCCCCUUCCCUCAAAUAAAUCUCUCUCUAUAUUUAAGCCCCUUUUACAUAAGUUUAUUAAGCGCCCCUCUCGAUUAAUUCCCCACCCCCAACCUAACACAAACCCAAAUUUGUUUUAAUAAGAUUUAUUGAUUUUUUUCUGUUUUUUAAAGCACCCCCUGCAGGCUGCAGACCACUACCCCCACCACCACCAUUUGUCUAGCUUAAGCAAUUGACAAUAACAAACUUUUAAGUUGUAAAACUCAAAAAUACUGUAAAUACCUUGUUUUUUACAGAAGGUCGAAGACAUGAUGCAGAGAUCCUGGCAGAGUCUGGACUUCUUCAAGAUUUACAAAACCAUGCUUACUCGCCAACAGGGCAGCCCUUGUGUAUAUAUGGCGACUUGGCCUAUCCUCUCCGUGUUCACCUUCAAACCCCAUUCCGGGAAGCACAACUUAGACCACUCAUGCACGAGUCAAGUAAGAAUUGCAGUUGA